AAGUGCAUGUGGCUCACCACCUUCCACUGAUUCAGAGAUCUGAGCCCUCAUGGCCUCAUGGCAUUCCCCUUUGACAGCUCCAUCUCCAUCAUUGACACCCGCUCCAUGCAUUUACUCUCCUUCCUCAUCCCUCCUCCACCUUCCUUCACCACACCCUUCAUCACCUCCCUCCGUUGGUCCCCCCUCCCAGUCGGCACCUCCUCUCCUCCAAACCCUUCUCCAACCAUCUUCUCCUUGCCGCCGUCGACUACUAGGGCCGCAUUGUGCUCCUUAAUUUCCACCUCAAGUUCACCCUCCUCUGGUUCAACAUCGACUCCAAACAAGGCAUCCAAGACCUCUCCCGGACAUAGGCACUCCUCUGGUGAACAUUUGGAGCUUUGGCCAUAGAAAUCCUCUUGAAAGAGUAUAAAAUUGAUGGUUAUAUCAAUGCUUAGUGCAACUCAAAGGUUAACUGUAGAAGCAUUGUUGCGGUAUUGGACAUCUCCUAUGGAAUCCCAAGAACUAUUUUCAUCAUAAAAGUAGAUAAUUCAAGAAAAUUCUGCUUAGGAGAAAGAAAGAAUGGAAUUACUCAUUACAACUUGGAGGAUGAAAAUUGUUACAACUUGGAGCUAAUUCAGGAGAAAGAAGGAAUGUAAUUACUGCCAUUACAUUCAACUUCAACUAGACAAAAUAGAAAUGAUAAUGAGAAUGUUGAGUCUUAUGCACUGUAUCAGAAAGGAAAUCUAUCAUGUAAUGUUUCUGGUUAUGUCAAUUGUUUGUAAGUGAUAUUGAACUUGUUAGUAAGGGAUGUUUAGAUAUAGCCCUAUUUUAGGUGUUGGUAACUAAUGAUUUGGUUGUUUUACUUGUAAUAAGGAUGUUUGGUUGUAAGAUGAUAGGGCUUGUUGGUUCAUGUAUAGUUCAUGAAUACCAAAGGUUGUGUUUAUGAAUGAAAAAUGGUGCAUUAUUUUGCUUAA